UUUGUAGAGUGGGAUGCCCAUAAUUUUUGGACGAGCUUUUUACCUUUAAAGCUUGUGGAAUAACAUUCUACCUGCAUCAUAAAGUGUCUCGCUUAGCUAUUGUAAAAGUAGAUUUCGUCAUAUUGCGUCUUCGUCAAUCUCUGUUCUCAUACUGUACUUAACCAUCUUCACAUUAUCAAUUCUCUGUUGCCAGAUAUUAAUUCAUUGUUUUCGAUUUCCUCACAAUUUACUUCCAACCAGGUUCGCACCAUCAAUCAAAAUGUCCAAUUUUGACAUCAACAAUCUCUUCGGGGUGAAAGGCAUAGUUGCCGUCAUCACUGGAGGUGGUACCGGCCUCGGUCUCUGCGUUGCAAAAGCAUUAGACGCAAACGGAGCCAAAGCAGUCUACAUCGUAGGCCGACGAGAAGAACCCCUCAAGAAAGCCGCCUCUGAAGCCGUCAACGGCAGCAUCAUCCCACUCCCGGGAGACGUCACAUCCAAAUCCUCACUAUCCUCAAUCGCCGCGCAAGUCGAAAAGGAACAGGGCUACAUCAACGUCCUCUUCGCAAACAGCGGCAUCAUCGGUAUUGAAAUGAAGAAGACAUCAUUACCACAAGACCGCAAGCCGACCGUCAAGGAAUUCAAAGACGCCAUGUGGGAGCCCAGCAUUGAGGAUUUCACCCAGUCAUAUCACGUCAACGUCUCAGGCGCCUUCUACUCUGCUCUCGCUUUCCUCGAACUCCUAGACGCGGGAAACAAACAAGGCAACAUCUCUCAAAAGUCUAAUGUCAUUAUCACCACCUCCAUCGCAGGCUAUUCCCGCAUUCCUUCAACGGGAGUUUCGUACUCUGCUUCUAAGGCCGGAACAACACACUUGAUCAAGGUGCUCGCCACUAUUUUGGCGAUUACAAGAUUAGGGUUAAUGGGAUUGCGCCGGGCCAGUUUCCUUCUGAGAUGAACGCGCUUCAGGGAGAGCCGACGAAGGAAGGGGCAUUGAGUAAGGAUAAUACUCCGCUGGAGAGGGCUGGCAGUGAGGAAGAAUUUGCGGGGACGGCGUUGUAUGUUAUGGGGAAGGGAGGGGCGUUUUUGAGUGGGAAUAUUGUGGUGGUGGAUGGGGGACGGUUGGGAGGCUUUCCGGCUACUUAUUGAAGGGUAUGAUUUAGAUUUGUUUGGUUGAAGUUCGAUUAAUAGGGGAACUUAGAGCUCAAAGUAACAACUUAAGAACAC